CUCAGUAACCAUACCAGAAUGAGGCAGUUGGGCCAGGCCACAAUGAAGCACUUAUAAUGUUAUCAAGCUUGCUCUUCCCGGGAUCCAAUGACAGACAUUAGGGGCCUUCCACCCAUCAUGGUUGGUGAACCAUACCCUGGAGUGGCCCUUGGGGUGGAAGAAGGUCUACUCUGCCAGCUGCUUCAUUCUCCAGAGUUCAAUCUAUUCCCCAAUUCAGCUGUAUUUGAAAGCAACUUCAUCCAGGUCACAAAGACUGAGGACUGGGUAGAUGCUGAGGAUAGAUUCACAACUGUGGUCCUUGGAGUGACCUCCUCAGUGCCAUGCUUGCCACUGCCAAACAUCUUUCUGAUGGCUAAGGUCACCUGGCCCCAGGGACAUUUAUCAACAUGGAUCAGAACCAUCAAUACACCAACUAUCGCUCUUAGUAGGAUCAUCCCACUGAAAUUUGUGGAGAUUGUGAUCUAUGACAAGUCCCUACGCAUCCUGAGGAUCAGAACUGUGACUGAAAAGAUCUAUUUUAUGAAGCUCCAUCCCAAACAUCCUGAUACUGUCUUCGAUUUUUGGAUCCGACUGGUGAACAUUCUACAGAAGGGCCUGUCCAUCACCACCAAAGAUCCUAGAAUUCUUGUGAAUCAUUGUUUGGUACCCAAAACACCCAGCACACUCUUUCUGGAAGAAUCAACAAAGUGUGCCUCUUCGAUCUCUCAAUCAAGGGAGAACCUGAUGCUGCAGAUGGCCACAGGGGUACAUGAAACCCUCUCUGAUCUUUCUAUAGAUUUUACCACCAAGAAAGACCAAUUAAAAAAUUCUGACAGCAAUAAAACCAGUGAAACUGAGAUCGAAGGAGAUGCCAGCUCAGGAUAUGCCAGAGAAAAACAAGACAAAAAGGAUAACUCAAAUGAUAAAGUAAAAGUAAAUUGGACAGGGUCUUUGAACCAUGGCCUGUGGGAACAAGAAAAUCCUUCUGGGGUGCAGCCACUUUCUCGGCUUGGAACCCUAGCAGCCUCCACCCAGCAAGUAUGGCCACAGCCUUAGGAAGAGGGUCUUUCAACACUGAUGAUUCUGACCCCCAGAAGUAAACAAGUGAUCAUCCUUCCUCUGCACUACAACAUCACUGUAAUACAGUCAUCUAGGCCAUACCAUGGAAUCAUUCUAAAGGUGAAAUAGGGUUAGCACAAGUCUUUUUCCUAUACUUCCACUAAAUAAACCUCCCUUGAUUGGGAA